UAUUAGACUGUAUACUGUAUGCAGAAGUGUUAUAUUGCACUAAACAGUGACUCUAAAAAUAGUUUAAUAACAUCCAAUAAAGUUAAGACAUAGAGAUCGAUCAUGUUGAUGAAUGAAUUGAAUGACUAUAGAUUUAAAUGAAGCAUCAAAGCUGAAUUUGGAGACAUUAUUUACUGCAAAGUAACUUACUGUAAUUGUAUUCUGCACAAAAAUGCUCCGAUCAUUCUGGAUGACACUAUUGAUAUAGUUUGAUUUGAAAUGAAAAGUCAAUCUGAACCUGUAUAAGAGCAAUUCAGUUUUAUUAAUGGAUGUAAUAUUGAUAUAAUUUCACUUGUGUUUCAGCGUCUCCAUCUAAACCCACAGUGCAGUUGAAUGCUGAUCAGAAGAAGGUGAUGGAGGACAGUUCUGUGAGUCUGCGCUGCUCUGCUAACAUCUACUGCCCCUUUAAUCCACCAACUCUCACAUGGAGCUCCUCCUCUAACACACUCAUCCCCAAUGACCAGCAACAUCAGGACCAAACGAAACUCAUCUCUGAUCUGAACUUCAAUAUAACUCAUCUUCAUCAUGGAGUCAAUUUCACCUGCACUAUAAAAUACCAGCUGAAGGACCAGAUCAAAACAGAACAGGCGUCCCGUACACUACAUGUUCAGUAUUCCCCUAAAAACACAUCAGUGACUGUAAAUCCGUCUGGUUCUGUGUUGGAGGGUCGUUCAGUGACGCUGACCUGCAUCAGUGAUGGAAACCCAGAUGUGAGUUACAGCUGGUACAGAGACACUGAAGAACACCUGAAACACCUGCAGACUGAACAAAAUCUCACCAUCAAUAAAACCGACCCGACACACAGUGGUCGAUACUACUGUAGAGCUCAGAAUCAAUACGGCACCCAAAACUCAUCUGUACUGCUGGACAUUCAGUAUGCUCCUAAAAACACAUCAGUGACUGUAAAUCCGUCUGGUUCUGUGUUGGAGGGUCGUUCAGUGACGCUGACCUGCAUCAGUGAUGGAAACCCAGAUGUGAGUUACAGCUGGUACAGAGACACUGAAGAACACCUGAAACACCUGCAGACUGAACAAAAUCUCACCAUCAGUAAAACCGACCCGACACACAGUGGUCGAUACUACUGUACAGCUCAGAAUCAAUAUGGAGAACAAAACUCAAGCAGUGUCAUUUUGAAUGUUACUUAUGCACCUAAAAUCUCCACCUCCUCCUGUAGACGAAGUGAUGUAAUCGUGUGUGUCUGUGAGGUUCAUGGAAAUCCGUCUCCUACACUGGAGUGGCGUCUGUCUGGACGUCCCAUUAUUAACUCUACGGAGAUGCUCAUCAGUGAAGAGGAAUUUAAGAACAAAAGCUUGUGGAGCAUCCUCACCAUCCGUCAAUCACUCAAAGACACGCCCACUCCACAGUGUGUCAGCACUAACACUCAUGGCACUGCCAGCCAACAGGUUCACCUGCUUUUAACUCCACAGGAUCCUCGAGGUUUCCAUCAUCCCUCACUGCUGGUUGGAGUUGCUAUUGGCGCAUCAGUGGUGAUGAUCUUUUGCAUCAUUCUCUUCUGCAUACGAAGACAGAAGUUCAAACCAUCACAGACUAGACAAGAAGAUAACACCGGACCCAUCCUGACUCCAAGAGCUGUUGUACAGGACGACGAAGGAGAGAUUGUUUAUGGCAAUCAAGUCAUGAUGUCACAUGGUGGAGAUGUCACUCAAGAAUCUCUCCAUUAUUCCUCCAUUGACUUCACAAACACUGAACCAGCAUCAGGAGAGAUCAUCGGCUUCUCGUCUCUGACGACUGAAUACGGCGUGAUCCAACAUCAUUCUGCAGGAGCAUCAGAGGCAGAGAACAACAUCUCAACACCUGUGAUGGACCCCAAGAAACAUCAAGUAGACAAGAACGCAAAGAUCACAGAUGUGUCCUCACAGGCAUCAGAAGAUCCAACGUAUGAUAAUAUCACCCAUCGCUAGGUAGUU